AAUGGCCGACGCAGUUGCACCAGCAGCUGCUCCCGAAGCAGCUCCGGAACCACAGCAAGGUGGCGGAAUUUGGGGAAUGAUCAAGCAAGCAAUCACCAUUUAUUUCGUAGUUUCCAUGGUUUCUGGAUUCUUCCGGCCAUCGUCGUCGCCUGGAAAUGAUGGAAAUGUGACAGCAUCUACUGCUGGAAAUGGAAAUAAAGCGAUGAAUAUGUUCCCAAAUCAUCAGAUUUUUGAUUUAUACGUUUACAUGGAUGAUAGUGAUCUCCCAUUCAGACAAUUCGAUUCAGCACCAGAAAAGUUGAUUUGGAUGCGAAAUGGAAUGAAGUAUGAUGAUUGGAUUAGUGGUGAUAAUGAAGACGGCAGUCACACAAUUCACAAAAACUUCCCAACUCCUGCUGCAUUGCUCCGUAAUGAUUCCCUCUGGCUUCACACGUUCAUCGUUAAAGCUGGCCAAUCACCGAAUCCCAAGGAUCGGAAUUAUUUCAAGAAUCAGAUCAUCUAUAAAUCAUAUCAGCUGAACAAGUACAAGAAGAAGUAUUAUCGAAAAACUUCAAACUUGUUGACUGGUGAGAGUGAGCAGAGUGAUGAGGAUCUUGCCAAAGCUCAGAUUAUGAAAUAUGAGGUUCUCAAUCACUGGCAUCCAAACAUCUCAAUCUCUUUAGUCGUUGAUCAAACUCCAUGGGCUCGUGGCCAAAUUCCACCACCACUUAGUGAAGAUAUUGAAUUUAAUGAAGACGGAACCAUCUACAAGCCUAUUUUAUUCUAUAACAAUUGGUGGAAUCUCGGAGCAGAUUAUCAACCGAUCAAUGAAACUGUCAAAGAUCUUAACUUGACAAUUACCUACUAUCCAAUGUCAGUGUUCAAAUAUCAAAUGUACGCAAGUCAGCGGAUGCAGUCUCAAUGGCAAUCAAUGUUAUCUAUGGAUGGUGCAGAUAUGGAUGAUGAUGGCCAUGAUUCUAUGAAACAAGCACUUCUAGAGACUAAUCCAAUCCUUUUGGCAGUUACUAUGAUUGUUUCACUUCUACAUACCGUAUUCGAGUUUUUGGCUUUCAAGAAUGACAUUCAAUUUUGGAAUAAUCGAAAAGAUCUCGUCGGAUUAUCAGUUCGAUCUGUGCUUUUCAACAUCUUCCAAUCACUGAUUGUUUUCCUUUAUAUUUGUGAUAAUGAGACAAAUACAAUGGUGAAAGUUACAGUUGGAAUUGGUUUGCUCAUUGAAUGCUGGAAGAUUCCGAAGGUGAUGAAUGUAUCCAUCGACUGGCAGAACAAAUGGUUCGGAGUGAUUCCACGUUUGGUUAUCAGUGAUAAAGGAUCAUAUGUAGAGAGUGAGACGAAGAUCUACGAUCAAAUGGCAUUCAAAUACCUCGGAUGGGCACUUUUCCCACUUCUUGUCGGAUAUGCCAUCUAUUCUGUAAUCUACGUUGAGCAAAAAGGAUGGUACUCCUGGGUACUCAAUAUGCUCUAUGGAUUCUUGCUCACGUUCGGAUUCAUUACCAUGACACCUCAGCUGUUCAUUAACUACAAGCUCAAAUCAGUGGCUCAUCUGCCGUGGCGUAUGCUCACUUACAAAUUCAUCAAUACGUUUAUUGAUGAUUUGUUCGCGUUUGUGAUCCGGAUGCCGUUGCUCUACAGAAUUGGUUGCUUCAGAGAUGAUAUCAUUUUCCUGAUCUACCUCUACCAACGCUGGGCGUAUCGCAUUGAUCCAACUCGACUGAACGAGUUCGGCACAAGCCUCGAGAAGGAAACUGGAGCACCGGCGCCGACGCCGGCCGUAGAAGGAUCUUCUGAACCUUCCCAGGAGCCCGAGCAUGAAUCAGAACCAAAUUCAGAGCAUGCAAAAGAAGAUAAAAAGACAAAGUAGAAUUUACUUGAUUUUUUUAAUAUAUUAAAGCAAAACUAUUGUUACGGGAAUCAUGUCUUCCGAUUUACUUGUCGUCCAUCUCCCCAUCUACUUUUUGUUUCCAGUCGUUAGUGAGAUUUAAAUCCCCUGAACUUCUCAAUUAUAUAUUUCCUGUUCUCUUUGAAUUCUUUAAUUUAUUUGUUAUAAACUUUUCUUUAUUAGAAAAAA